GGGAAGGAGCAGAGAAAGAGGGAGACAGAAUCCAAAGCAGGCUCCAGGCUCUGAGCUGUCAGCACAGAGUCCGACGCGGGGCUUAAACUCACAGACCGUGAGAUCAUGACCUGAGCCGAAGUCAGCCACUCAACUGACUGAGCCACCCAGGCGCCCCAUCCAAAUGAUUUUCUGUCUCUGCCUCUAAGAUCUUCCCCUUCUCGUGUGUAUCCCCACAAGGGACCAGCAGGUGGAGGCUUCUCCGUGCCACCCCUUGUCUGGGACAUCAGAAGGGGCAACUGAGAGCUGUGAGGUGGUUCUCUGAGGGCCAGGACCAUACUAGGGCUUUCAUGGUCUUGCUGCAGACCACAUGCCCCAAAGGCACCACCACCAACACACACAGACCCUCCCCCAACAUCCUCCAAUCAAGAGACAGACCUCCAUUAUCAUUCUGGGGAUCUUCUUGGAUUGUUCCCCAAACACUUCAGGGCAGCCCUCUGAGGCUCCAUGUACCAUAUGCUAUUUCUUUAUGUAUUUUUUUUUUGCCUCGUUAACAAAUACUUCUUUCUGGACUCAGGCCAGUCCUGUUAAACCUUCAUGCCCAAACAGCAUUGGCCCCUCCCCAAGUGCUGGGUGGGGCUUGGGACCAGCUAAAGGCCCCAAGCAUCUGUGGGUGUUGUGUCAAACCAGCCCCAUCUUGCCUAAUCAUCUGCAGAAGCUUGCUGAUGAAAACCUUGUGACAGAAGGGGAGAGAGACUUGUCUUAGAGUUGGCUGUACCAACAGCACCAGGGUGCAGCUAAAGAGCACUCACUCACUUUGCUACUUCCUUAAGAGCCUGCCAGCAGCCCCACCAGCCCCAAUCCUCACACUCAGCCAUGAUAAGGAGAGGCUUCCAGGCAGUAAUAAGACUUGGCCACCACAGAGUCCUUCCUGGAGCCCCCCAUGUCCUGCCCAGACUCAACCGCACCUCAGCGUUUGGAUCCUCCACAGACUCCCUGGUUUCAAGAUUCUGCCUGGAGAAGACGGAUUUGAAGGAUUAUGCCCUUCCCAAUGCCAGCUGGUGUCCAGACAUGCUGAACUUGUACCAGGAAUUUCUGGAGAAGACCAAGACUGAUGGCUGGAUCAAACUACCCUCCUUCAAGUCCAACAGAGACCACAUCCAGGGGCUCAAGCUCCCAUUCGGGUUAGCAGCUACCUCAGACAAAAGCGACUGGCGCAUCUUUACCAGGUGCCUCCAAGUGGAAGGACAAGGCUACGAGUAUGUCAUUUUUUUCCACCCGUCCAAGAAGAAGUCCAUCUGUCUUUUCCAACCUGGCCCCUACCUGGAGGGGGCCCCAGGGUUUGCACAUGGAGGGUCCCUGGCCGCCAUGAUGGAUGAGACCUUCUCUAAAACUGCUUACCUGGCUGGAGAGGGGCUGUUCACACUAAGCCUCAACAUCAGGUUCAAAAAUUUGAUCCCUGUGGGCUCUCUGGCUGUGCUGAAUGUUGACGUGGAAAAGAUCGAGGACCAGAAGCUUUACAUGUCCUGCAUCGCCCAGAGCAGGGACCAGCAGAGAGUCUAUGCCAAGUCCUCAGGUGUUUUCCUUCAGCUGCAGCUGGAAGAGGAAUUGUCCCAGUGACAGUCACUGUGCCUGCUCAGGACCCACUGCAGAGCAAGGAGGUGUCUCCAGGAAGUGACUGGUGAGAUGAAGAAGAGGGCACUUUCCUCUGAGUAAAUAAAGAUUCACAACUCCUUCUCA